UUUAUUCGUGGAGUUAACGCAAACUUUGAGAUGUGCGAGGAGCUGGCAGCCCUACAAAGCCUGAAAGGGACUACAACUGGGGAGGAUAUUUUCGACAAAGUAUGUCAAACCAUGCAACAGUUGGAUCUGGACUGGGCAAAGCUUGCCAGCAUCACGACUGACGGGGCCCCUAGUAUGGUGGGCGCGUCUCGGGGUUUAAUAGGACGCAUGAACCGGGAGAUGGAGGAACGGGGUCUCACCGCCCUGCUACAAGUACACUGCCUAAUUCACCAGCAAGCGCUGUGCUGCAAAGUGUUGAAGUGGGAUUCUGUCAUGAAGGUUGUGGUAUCGUGCAUAAACUUCAUCAGAGCUAAUGGACUUAAACACAGGCAGUUCCAACAAUUCCUGUCUGAACUGGAGUCUUCGUACGGAGAUGUGCUGUACCACACAGAGAUCCGAUGGUUGAGCCGCGGAAAAGUUUUGAGGCGUUUUUACGAGCUGCUACCUGAAGUUAACGCAUUUCUUCAGUCAAAAGGCAAAACAGUCCCAGAGCUGAUCGACCCAGCAUGGAAAUGGCACCUCGCAUUUUUAACAGACGUGACAGAACUGCUGAACGGCCUUAACUUGCAGCUACAAGGGAAGGGGAAACUCAUUUGCGACAUGUAUUCCCACAUAAAAGGAUUUGAGGUGAAACUACGGCUGGUUUUGGAACAAGUGAAAAAGCACAACUUCACCCAUCUCCCUGCUACCCAAAGCUUUUCUGCAGAGAAGCCAUCUGUCGCGUUCCCAGGUGAAAAGUGUGUGGAAGCACUGGAAAUGCUGAAGGCGGAGUUCGGUGUACGAUUCCGUGAACUACAUGUUCAUGCAAAAGAAAUCCGUCUUUUUCAGAACCCUUUUGUUGCCGACAUCGAUGAAGCCCAGCCUUCGUAUCAGUUUGAGCUGGCCGAGUUACAGAACUGUGAUGUUCUGAAAGACGCAUUCAAGCCCAACAGUCUCAUUGACUUCUAUGCCGCCCUCCCAAAUGACACCUACCCUAACAUAAAACAACACGCAAUGAAGAUGUCCACACUUUUUGGCAGCACGUAUAUCUGCGAGCAAACCUUUUCACGCAUGAAACUCCUGAAAACUCCAACGAGAUCAAGAUUGACAGAUGAACAUUUGCAUCAGUGUUUGAGACUGGCUGUGACUAGAAUGGAACCGGCCAUUCAACUUCUCUCCAGCCAGAUGCAGGCCCACAGUUCACACUGAUGAACACACAGUACAUAGAGGGAAGUUGAUGAGAGGGAGCCUACAGUGGUGUCUACUGGGCUAGCCUAUAGAACCUACAAAGAACACUAGAACUUUGAGAGACAUUUGAGAUUCUGCUGUGACAAGUGAAGUUUACCUUUUAUCUAGGAUUGUGCAUGGCACAGCAUAACUUUCUUUCUGUGAAGAACCCAGAGAGGGUUAUUUGAUCUCAGAAAGGGUUAUUAAUAUUUGGAUAUGUGUGG